AUGAUCGCUGUUCGAGAUUCUGGAAUUGGCAUCGAUGACCAUGCUCAGAUCCGCCUUUUUGAGAGGUUCAAGCAAGCUACUCCGAAGACGGAAGGAACAUACGGUGGCUCUGGUCUAGGUCUGAAUGUCAGCCGAAAGCUUUGCCAUCUCCAUGGCGGGGAGAUUGGUGUUAGUUCCAAAGAAGGCCAGGGAAGCACUUUUUGCUUUUUCUUCCGGGUUCGCAACAGGAUGCGCCACUGGGGAGAUGGGAUUGAUAUGGAUGACAUCUCGGAUGUUGAUAGAUUAUCUCAUGAUAUCCAAGCGGUAUGCAUCGACUCAUCCGGCGCCAAAGAACUUCCUUCAGACGUCAGAAUCCCAAAGGACCCGCCGGAGAGUGAAAUUGAAGAAUUGAGUCGAGGCGGCCCUUCCGAUGAACGAACAACUCAUACAAAAGAGAUUGCGCGGAAAGCAGCGAGUCGUAUCACCGGAAAUGAUGCUGCUCAAAAUUUCAUUCGAAGCAUACUCGUUGUUGAGGACAAAAUAAUCAACUGGAAAAUGCUCACACGGAAACUGAAAUCGUUAGGGUUUGGAACAGUUGAGGCAACGAAUAGCUUAGAGGCUCUCGAUGCCUUCCAAAGCAGCAGACCUGAUUGUAUUCUCAUGGAUCAGGAGAUGCCUUUGAUGGACGGAAAUGCGGCAACAAAGCACAUCCGAGACCUUGAGGAAGGAGGCAACAAUCAUAUUCCGAUUUUAAGGGUGACAGCGAAUGUCAGAUCAGCACAAAAGUCAGAGAUGCUUCAAGCUGGGAUGGAUGACGUAAUUCACAAACAUUUCAGUACUGAAGAACUUAUUGCGAAAAUAAGCCAAUUCGUUCCCACGAAAUUGGAAACGAAAAUUAUUGACAUUUCGGUUACUUUAACGAGCAUUAAUUGA